AUGAAAGGCACUUUUGACGUGGGCCAGCCGUUCGACUCUGGGCUCGGAAACCUCGCCAACAACGCUCUUGGGAAAGCACUCGCGAUCCUCAGAAGUGGACCUCCUGGCAUCCGGAUACGAUUGGGGGGAGAUGCUGUAUCGGGUCACUCGCGCAAGGACCCUGAAAAUAACCGAAUGGUGACAUACAGCUACAGGCUGCAGUUGUCGCCCAAGCACGGCUUGAUAACCAAGCUGAAGUUCUACGAGUUUGACGAUCGCUUUACGGUGAUCAGCGAAACAGAAUACGAUGUUGAAGGCUACGCCUUCAUUCACGAUUUCGCCCUCACCAAAAACUACUACGUCAUUCCCCAGAACCCCGUCAGUUUCGACAUUGCCGGAUACGCGUCUGGCCAGAAAUGCGCGAUUCAUUGCGUGAAGUGGCAGCCAUUUCGGCAACUUAAGAUUCAUGCUAUUCCCCGUCCUGUAUCGCCGAAGAGCGCCCAGGUCAUAGAGGUGACUCCUUCUUCAUUCAUAUAUCACUUUGCAAACGGCUUUGAGUCAGAAGAUGAAAACUCCAUCGUAUUGGAUGCACUCAGCUAUCCGCGCUUCCCUGAUUUUGGGUUCUUGCUGGAACCGGGGAAAAAGUACGUGGACAUCGACCCCGAUCAAACGCCCAUUGGAAGACUGCAUCGGAUCACUCUGGGACUCGAUGAUGGCCACGGAAGCGCAACCGCGUACAGCCCCAGGGCGAUGGAGUUCCCGCGCAUAAACCCUUCGGUAACAGGCAGACCCCACCGAUAUGUGUACACAGCGGCGGCGCUCCAUCCCCAUUUCAAUCGACCACCUCAGGCAAUCGCCAAGGUGGAUACGGAAACUGGAACUGCGACUCUAUGGAGCCGAGGCUUUCGCUAUUACACCGCGGAGCCAGCUUUUGUGCCACGGGGCAAGGCCCAAGGACCACCUGCAGGGUCAACAGAUAUUGCCGAGGACGACGGCUGGCUGGUGGCACUCUGCUAUGACGCUGAAAAACAGAGGAGCGAGCUGGUCAUCCUAGACGCUCUUCAGAUCGAAAAUGGCCCAGUGGCAGUUCUGCCUCUGCAGGACAGCAUUCCGCAUGGUACUGGCUCCCUUCAGUGA